GCAACUUUGGGCAGCGCAUGCGCGCCCGCGGCGCUCCAUCCCAAACACACACACAUUUUUCCCCCGGACUUGGAAAGUCACCCAAAGCCGCCCCAAGUGCAGCAAACAGACCUCGCUGACUGAAGGCCAAGACCCCUUCCAUCCCAUCUGCUCUUCUGGCCACCACGGUUGUCAGCCCUCCCGUAGAAGGGGACCCUGCAGCUCCAGUGGUGCACAGUGGAAUGGACUUUGGACCCUGGUCUCUUGGGACACAAAGGAUGAAGUGACGCCCCUACUUUGAGAGAGGAGCCUCUAGGACCCGCUGCAAGAGUUUGGGACCAAGGAGAGGAGAAUGGAUCUCGGUACAGCUGAAGGCACCCGGUGCACCGACCCGCCCGCAGGCAAGCCCGCGAUGGCGGCCAAGCGCAAAGGCGGCCUGAAGCUCAACGCCAUCUGCGCCAAGCUGAGCCGCCAGGUGGUGGUGGAGAAGGGGGCAGAGGCGGGCCCCCAGCCCGAGGGCAGCCCGCUGCGGCCGCCGUGCCGAGAGGCCGGCGUGGCCCGGGGCGUCCGCAGCGAGGAAGACAAGAGGCGGGCGGUGAUCGAGAAGUGGGUCAACGGCGAGUACAGCGAGGAGCCCGCGCCCGCGCCCAGCCUGGGGCGGAUCGGCCGCGAGGGCCUGGAACUGCCGCCCGAGGGCGUCUACAUGGUGCAGCCCCAGGGCUGCAGCGACGAGGAGGACCACGGCGAAGAGCCCCCCAGGGAUGGCGGCGGCGUCGCGGAGGAGAAGGAGUCUGACGGGGCGGCCUCCAAGGACGACAGCGGCCCCAGUACCAAGCAGGCUUCCGGAGAGGCCUCCUCACUCCGGGACUACGCGGCUUCCACUAUGACCGAGUUCCUCGGCAUGUUUGGCUACGAUGACCAGAACACGAGGGACGAGCUGGCCAGGAAGAUCAGCUUCGAGAAGCUGCACGCAGGCUCCACCCCCGAGGUGGCCACCUCCUCCAUGCUGCCCGCCUCCGAGGAUGCCCUCAGCAAGCGGGCGCGCUUCUCCAAAUACGAGGAGUACAUCCGCAAGCUCAAGGCCGGCGAGCAGCUCUCCUGGCCGGCCCACAGCACCAAAGCCGAGGAGCGGGCGGGCAAGGACGUGGUGGGGCCCCUGCCCGGCCUGCGGCUGCCCAGCAGCACGGCGCACCUGGAGACCAAGGCCACCAUCCUGCCCCUGCCUUCACACAGCAGCGUUCCCAUGCAGGGCCUGGUGGCCCGCACCUCCAAGUAUGACUUCUUCAUCCAGAAACUGAAGACGGGCGAGAACCUGCGGCCCCAGAACGGGAGCACCUACAAGAAGCCAUCCAAGUACGACCUGGAGAACGUCAAGUACCUGCACCUCUUCAAACCCGGGGAGGGCAGCCCCGACAUGGGCGGGGCCAUUGCCUUCAAGACGGGCAAGGUGGGGCGCCCCUCCAAGUACGACGUCCGGGCCAUCCAGAAGCCGGGCCCCGCCAAGGUUCCGCCCACCCCCAGCCUGGCUCCCGCACCCCUCCCCAGCGUGCCCAGUGCUCCCAGCGCCCCUGGGCCAGGGCCCGAGCCAUCUGCCUCCCUGCCCUUCCACACUCCCGAGUACCUGAAGUCGACCUUCUCCAAAACAGACUCCAUCACCACGGGGACCGUCUCCACUGUCAAGAACGGAUUGCCCACAGAUAAACCAGCUGUCACCGAAGAUGUAAACAUUUACCAGAAAUAUAUUGCCAGGUUCUCCGGCAGUCAGCACUGUGGCCAUAUCCACUGCGCCUACCAGUACCGUGAGCACUACCACUGCCUUGACCCGGAGUGCAACUACCAGAGGUUCACGAGCAAGCAGGAUGUGAUCCGGCACUACAACAUGCACAAGAAACGCGACAACUCCCUGCAGCAUGGCUUCAUGCGCUUCAGCCCGCUGGACGACUGCAGCGUCUAUUACCACGGCUGCCACCUCAACGGGAAGAGCACCCACUACCACUGCAUGCAGGUGGGCUGUAACAAGGUGUAUACGAGCACGUCAGAUGUGAUGACCCACGAGAACUUCCACAAGAAGAACACCCAGCUCAUCAACGAUGGCUUCCAGCGCUUCCGAGCCACCGAGGACUGCGGCACGGCCGACUGCCAGUUCUACGGGCAGAAGACCACGCAUUUCCACUGCAGGCGCCCCGGCUGCACGUUCACCUUCAAGAACAAGUGUGACAUCGAGAAGCACAAGAGCUACCACAUCAAGGACGACGCGUAUGCCAAGGACGGCUUCAAGAAGUUCUACAAGUACGAGGAGUGCAGGUACGAGGGCUGCGUGUACAGCAAGGCCACCAACCACUUCCACUGCAUCCGCGCCGGCUGCGGCUUCACCUUCACGUCCACCAGCCAGAUGACCUCGCACAAGCGCAAGCACGAGCGCAGGCACGUCCGCUCCUCGGGCGCGCUGGGGCUGCCGUCCUCGCUGCUGGGCGCCAAGGACACGGAGCACGAGGAGUCGAGCAACGACGACCUGGUCGACUUCUCGGCCUUGAGCAGCAAGAACUCCAGCCUGAGCGCCUCCCCGACCAGCCAGCAGUCCUCCGCCUCCCUGGCCGCCGCUGCCGCCGCCGCCGCCGCCGAGGCCACGCCCGGCGCCGCCAAGCCGCCCAACAGCAAGAUCUCCGGGCUGCUGUCCCAGGGCCUGCCCGCUUCCAUCCCGCUGGCGCUGGCCCUCUCCAACUCGGGCCUGCCCACCGCCGCCCCCUACUUCCCUAUCCUUCCGAGCCGGGGCAGCGCCUCCUUGCCCGCGGGUGCCCCCGGCCUCCUGGGUGCCAUGUCGUCCGGGGCAGUGGCCUCGGCGGCAGCCGACACACCCACCCUGGCCGCCUCGGGAGCCGGUGACCCUGCCCCGGCCGCCGCCACCUCUGUCCCGGUGCCCCCCGCCUCCAUCAUGGAGAGGAUCUCGGCGAGCAAGGGCCUCAUCUCACCCAUGAUGGCCAGGCUGGCCGCGGCUGCCCUCAAGCCGUCUGCCACCUUUGACCCAGGAAACGGGCAGCAGGCCACCCCUGCCAGGUUCCCCCCGGCCCCGGUGAAGCAGGAGCCCGGUGAGAGCGCUGGCGCCCCGGUUCCCCACGAGGUCUCCCAGGACCGCAGUUUAGACCUGACUGUGAAGGAGCCCAGUAAUGAAUCAAAUGGCCAUGCAGUCCCGGCAAACUCGUCUCUUUUAUCCUCGCUUAUGAAUAAGAUGUCUCAGGGCAACCCCAACCUUGGCAGCCUGUUGAACAUCAAGACAGAAGCGGAGGGCAGCCCCGCCGUGGAGUCCUCGCCCUUCCUGGGCAAGGCUGUGAAGGCGUUGGUUCAGGAGAAGCUGUCCGAGCCCUGGAAGGUGUACCUUCGAAGGUUUGGCACCAAGGACUUCUGUGACGCCCAGUGUGACUUCCUUCACAAGGCACACUUCCACUGCGUGGUGGAGGAGUGCGGCGCGCUUUUCAGCACCCUGGACGGGGCCAUCAAGCAUGCCAACUUCCACUUCCGGACGGAGGGAGGAGCAGUGAAGGGAAACGCGGAGGCUCCCUUCCCCACCUCGGCUGCGGAGACCAAACCUGCCUUGGCCCCCUCGUCCCCUCCAGCGCCUCCUGUCACCACAGCCUCUCUGGAGGGUCCCACUCCCAGCCCGGCUGCCGUGCCCUCCACCCCCACGCUGCUCGCCUGGAAGCAGCUGGCUUCCACCAUACCCCAGAUGCCUCAGAUUCCAGCGUCAGUGCCUCACCUGCCCACUUCGCCCUUGGCAACGACUUCUCUAGAAAACGCCAAGCCCCAGGUCAAACCCGGAUUCCUCCAGUUCCAGGAGAACGAUCCUUGCCUCGCCACGGACUGCAAGUACGCCAACAAGUUCCACUUCCACUGUCUCUUCGGGAACUGCAAGUACGUCUGCAAAACCUCCGGCAAGGCUGAGUCCCACUGCCUGGACCACAUCAACCCCAACAACAACCUGGUGAACGUGCGAGACCAGUUUGCGUACUACUCACUUCAGUGUCUCUGUCCCAACCAGCACUGCGAGUUCCGGAUGCGUGGACACUACCACUGCCUCCGGACCGGCUGCUACUUUGUGACCAACAUCACCACCAAGUUGCCGUGGCACAUAAAGAAGCACGAGAAAGCCGAGCGGCGGGCAGCCAACGGAUUCAAGUACUUUACCAAGCGCGAGGAGUGUGGCAGGCUAGGCUGCAAGUACAACCAGGUGAACAGCCACUUCCACUGCAUCCGGGAGGGCUGCCAGUUCUCCUUCCUCCUCAAGCACCAGAUGACCUCCCACGCCCGGAAGCACAUGCGGAGGAUGCUGGGCAAGAACUUCGAUCGCGUGCCCCCCUCCCAGGGCCCCCCGAGCCUGAUGGACACGGAGACAGAGGAGUACAUGGAUUACACGGGCUGCAGCCCGGGCGCCGUGUCCUCUGAGUCGCCCACCAUGGACCGGAGCUGCUCCAGCACCCCCGUGGGCAACGAGAGCACGGCGGCAGGGAACACCAUCUCCAUGCCCACAGCCUCCGGGGCCAAAAAGCGCUUCUGGAUCAUCGAGGACAUGUCGCCGUUCGGCAAGCGGCGCAAGACGGCCUCCUCGCGGAAAAUGCUGGACGAGGGCAUGAUGCUGGAGGGCUUCCGGCGCUUCGACCUCUACGAGGACUGCAGGGACCCGACCUGCCAGUUCUCGCUCAAGGUCACGCACUACCACUGCACGCGGGAGAACUGUGGCUACAAGUUCUGCGGACGCACGCACAUGUACAAGCACGCGCAGCACCAUGACCGCGUGGACAACCUCGUGCUGGACGACUUCAAGCGCUUCAAGGCCUCGCUCAGCUGCCACUUCGCCGACUGCCCCUUCUCGGGCUCCAGCACGCACUUCCACUGCCUGCGCUGCCGCUUCCGCUGCACCGACAGCACCAAGGUGACGGCGCACCGCAAGCACCACGGCAAGCAGGACGUGAUCAGCGCGGCGGGCUUCUGCCAGUUCAGCUCGAGCGCCGACUGCGCCGUGCCCGACUGCAAGUACAAGCUCAAGUGCUCGCACUUCCACUGCACCUACCCGGGCUGCCGCCACACGGUCGUGGGCAUGUCGCAGAUGGACUCGCACAAGCGCAAGCACGACAAGCAGGAGCGAGGCGAGCCACCCGCCGCGUCCCCGGGCCCCGCCGUCGGCCUGGACGGCGCGCUGUCGCUGGGCACCGAGCCCGGGGCCCCCCUGCUCUUCCUCCCGCCCGCCGCCGCCGCCGCCGCCGCCGCUUCCGCGGGCCUGGGGCUGGGGCCGGGCGAUGCGGGCGACCCCGGGGACCCCGGCCCGCCCGACGGCCCCGGGCCCCGCGACGGCCCUGCUGCACCCGCGCCCGGCCCGGUGGCGGCUGGGGAGUCGUCGCAGGAGGACGAGGAGGAGGAGCUGGAGCUGCCCGAGGAGGAGGCGGACGACGACGAGGACGACGACGAAGACGACGACGACGACGAGGAGGACGACGACGACGACGAGGACGACGACGAGGACCUGCGCACCGACUCGGAGGAGUCGCUGCCCGAGGCGGCGGCGGCGGCGGCGGCGGGGCCGGGGGCGCGGAGCCCAGAGCUGGCGGCCCCGGCGCCCGCCACAGCGUCGCCCUAGCCCGCCCGUCGGGGACG